CAUCGCUCCUGACCUCCGGGGCUGUUCGGGGGAGGGCUCUGCGGGCGCCCCCCCGGCCAUAAAAGCGUGCCCGGGGCUCGGCUCUGGCACUCUCCGUGCGGCGGUGCCGCUGCUCGUGCUGCUGGCAUGGCCUGCGCUGCCCGCGCCCCGGCCGCGCUCUUCUGGGACAUGCUGGCGCUGCUGGCCCGGGAGCCGGGCAUGGAGUGGCUGCGGCUGAGCCUGGCCGGGCACGCAGUCACCGCCCCGCCGCGCAGCCCGGAGGAUUCGCGGAGAGGAGGCGAGAUCAGUCAUCACCAGAUGCAUUCCUUGGGACCUCGGCCCCUGAAGACUUUGUCGCUGCUGGAGCACUCAGGGGAUGAUAAGCUUUGGCAAGCCUACCUCGAAGGACUGAAGAAGUUCCUCGUCUUCAGGGAAAGCAUGGGAAUGCCUGCAGCCUGGCCAAUUCCAGUGGAGCAGAUUAGAGGGUUUUUGGCUGUGGAAUCUAAUUAUUCGCCCUCGAAGACACUGACAUACAUAGCAGCACUUUCUUAUUUAUCAAAAUUGACUGGCAACUCUGAUCCUCUGGAAGAUCCCAUAACCUGUUGCAUGGUGACAGGCUUGAAACGUCGAGCGGGUAUCCUGAGGGAUAAAUACUUGCCUGUAACAAUUGAGAUGUUGCGAUCUCUCUUGGGAGUUCUGGAGUCUGUGUGCAUAACUCAUUAUGAAUGCUUACUGUUUCGUGCAUUAUUUACUGUAGCUUUUUUUGGGGCACUUCGAAUAGGAGAGAUAGUGGCGAAGCACCGUAAUGUACUGCAGCCUGAGCUGCUGUACCUCAGUGAUCUCCGGCUGAUGGAGAGGAAAGUGCUGCUUUUCCUGCCUUAUUCUCCUGUGGCCCACGAGAGACACGUCAUCAGCCUGGCGCUGUCUGGAGAGCCCUGGGUGUGCCCAGUCCUGGCCCUGCGGAGCUACUUGGCGGCGCGUUCGCGGCUGGAGGGGCCGCUCUUCGUGCACUCGGACUUGCGGUGUGUGACGAGGCGGGAGUUCCUGGCCGUGCUGCGCUGCGCCCUGCGCCGGCUGGGGCGGUGUCCGCAGCACUACGGCGUGCACUCCUUCUGGCUGGGCACUGCUGUCACCGCUGCGCGCUGCGGCUACCCCGGGGAAGAAGUCACCCGCCUGGCCAGGUGGCCCUGCGUAAUCCCGGGAAGAUUCCAGCCGUGGAGAUCAGCAGGAGAAUAGAAGCUAACGAAUCAUCUUCUUUAUGAAGAGUCAGCUUUAGCCUUCGACAAGAAUUUUGUAUUAACACCUGAAAUAAUUUUCUACCUCGUGGUGGGAUGAUCCUAAGUUAACCCAGAAGUUGUUUGUUAUGUCUGUUUUUGGAGUUUAGGGGUUUGUCAAACCUUUGUGCAUAGAAAGGUGUGGUUUUAUCUUCUAUAUUAUCUUUAUUAUCUUGGGAUAAUAAAU